AUGUUAAUCUAAAAGUAAUAUCAAUAAUAUUUUAGAACCAAAAUAAAGAAAAUUAUAUCUUACUUCUGCAUCCAUUACCUCUACUACAACUUGUUUGCAUUGUUAUUUGCUCUAUUCCAAUAUAAUAGAAUACCUUUUGCAAUACCCUUAGGAUUGAGUAUUGUCUUCGAAAUCUUGGUUUGCUAUUACUAUUCUAACAAAUAGAUGGUCAAAAUGGUUGAUCACAUUCUCCAUAUUAUGGCAUAUAAUUUUGUAAUAAUCCUUUAUUACACCAACCUUUAAUAUUUUAUAUUCGGAAAUCUGUUUUUACUUUUAUCAUUUGUUAUCAGAACUAAAGAAAGUUGUUCAUCUUAAGUAACACAUGAAUAUUCUUCAAUCAUUAGAUUUUUAAAAACUUUUUAUAGAUUUUCAGCAUUGGUUGCCAGUGUUUGUAUUUCCUUAAAACUUAGCAAAUAUGUUGAAUGGACCUGGCCAUAAGCCUUUUGGUGGUACUGGAUGUUUCUAAGUGCUCUUGUAGGUACGUGUUUUACUUUAAUUAUUGUACUUAUAUCAAAAAUUAUAAAUGAAAUCUUCAAGCAAUAUCAGACAGUUCCUCAAGAAUGUAAAAACUAUUUAUUUUUAGAUAAAUCUCUCCUUUGGGCUCUAUAUAUUUCAGUUAUAAGCAGCAUUCUUUCAGUGAUGUGGAUUAUUAACACUUUCAAUAAGUUAGGCCUUGAUUUACCUAUUAAAAUUGGGGAAAUAUUAUUUUAUUCAUCUGUCUCUUUUAAUUUAAUUAUUUUUUGUGCAAUCACUAAAUUGCUAUGGGAUUCUAUAAUAGACUUUUGCUUUUAUUUAAUAUAAUCAUAAUAAACUGAAAUUGAAUCUUCAUAAAGAGAAUUACCUACUAGUUAACUGAGUUAAUAAAAAUAAUACGAAAGAAGAAAUACAAUUCAUUAAAUAUUUUUAAAAAAGCUAUCAUCUGCCUUUUUUAGAUAAACAACUAAAUAAGAUUUAAUUUAAUAAUCAUAAAAGAUGACAGAAUUGAUGACUGAAAGAGGUCAAACCAAGAAAAUCUUAUAAACAGUAGAAAUGGAAUCUAAAUAAUUAUAAGAAAAUUAAAACAAAAUUAACGAAUCUAGUUAGAAAUGUAUAAUCUGUUGUGAUAAUCCACCAAAUGCUGUUUUAAUGACUUGUGGUCAUGGUGGAAUAUGCUAUAAGUGUGCAUUAGAAAUGGCGUAAAAAAGCAAAGAAUGUUUUUUAUGUAGACAACAAAUUCUUUUCAUUUAUGAAAUCUCAAAUUUUAAUGAUGAUCUUAUGAAAGUAGUAACAAUAACCAAAUUUAAUUACUGA